GGAAACUAUUCAGAACGAUGUUUAUUACAGAAACUAAAUAUCUCAAUAUUUUUUAAAGGUGGGUUUAGGUUUUUAUCCUAUGUUUUUAUCCCACGCCACUGAUUUUUCGAAGGUCACUUCCUUCUACGCGUAUUACGGGAAACCAAUCGGGUGCACUGUUUUGUCAACCGAAAUGAUCAUAGUCCGUAUUUGUAUCCAAUCACAAGGUGUAAGAUGAGGGCAAGUUUGAAUAGUGCGUCUGUAAGCCAAUCAGCUUCGUACUUUUGGAACCCUUCUGGCCAAUGGUCUGAUGGAGGGGACUUUGCUGUUGAAGGGUGGAAGUACAGCGCUAUGCAGCUGCAGAGGUAAGCUGGAAAGAGAACGGCAAUAUGGGAGAAGUAACAACUCAAGUUAAGAGACGUGAGAUCCGCUCCUGCGCUAAGGACCCUUAAGCAUGUCCACAGAUGACAGCAUCUCUGAGGACGUGUCCAGCUCGCUGGCCCUGAGCACAGACCACCAUGUCCACCACCAUGAGGCAUCCAUCGUGUCCUCAGAGGACACGGCAUCCGGACCGGUCGGCACGGAGGACGAGCGGCCCGUGGAGCGGCCAGUGCAGACCCUAGAGGGCCUCCUGCAGGCCGCAGAGGAGACGAGCAGGAGCAGACCAGUUGGGAGUCUCCAACACAGGAUCCGAGGCCUUUGUCCUGAUACAGAGGAGCUGGGCUCAGACAGGCCCCUGCCCUUCAUUAACCCCAGCUCUCUGGAGACCCUCCGUGUGCUGGUGCAGGAGAUCCAGAGCAGUGGGCAGACCGACCCCGAGGUCUGGAAGAACUGUGAGGGAAGAUGGCUGCAUCUCUUCCAGCUGGUGGAAAAGCAAUACCAGGAGCAGAUUCUGGCUCAACAGGAGCAGUAUCAGUGCCAAAUACAGCUCAUCCAGGAUGAGAUUAAGGCCUUAUUGCGGCUGCAGCAGAAGGCGGGGCAGUCGGCCGCCACUCAGGAGAGUACUGCCACCGUAGCCAAACAAAGGGCGGGCCCUAAGGGCCUGCAGAAUGACCAAGGCUCCUCCCCCUCGGCCCCGCCCCAAGCGGCCAGUGCAGGCGAGAGCUCGGAAGAGGGUGCCGUCAGCGGGUACGGAACACUCUCCACAUGGGAGGCGGAGUUAGAGGCGGAGUCACAUCUCCUGCCUUCCCCCUUGGCAGACCCCUGCCUAUCCAAUCAGGAGCACCAGCAGAGACCCGGCUCCACACCCAUUGGGCACACCCACCAGCACAUGCCCUGCAGGCAAGCGUUGACCUCUUGGGCGCAGCGACAGCAGCGUGGCCAAAAGAGAGGAGGUCGAAGGUCACGCAACUCCCCUCCACCGGCUCAGGAGAAGAGUGAGGCUGGGGCAACAGGCAGAACGCCACCAGCAGAUCACCAAGAACAGCUUGGCUGCCCAGCAGACUCCUCCAGCCCCAGCUCCCUAAAGAGGAGUGACAGCCUCGUGUCUGAAGCCUCAGGUCUGACAUACUGGCGGCUGGACGAGUCAGAGCUGUACCGCCCCCUGCCUGACAGCUUCUGCAGCGUGUCGCCCCUCCCCUCACAGGGCAUGGCCACAGGCCCAGACAGAAGUCCUCAUGCUACCCUAUGGCCCGAUCAAUGCCAGACCCCAUCACCGGAGUGCACCCAGUCCGUGUCUCUGAAGGAGAUCUACCAGACCAGGAAGAGCGGGGAGCUCAAGUGCCAGGAGUGGGACCCCCUCGCUGGCUCCAGCUCCACCCCUCCCCAGGUGUUGACCCUGGAGCCUGUGGUCGGGCCAAAGCAGCCUAAGGUCACGCCAGAGGCCACAUCGGAGGUCACGUCCGGCCUGGCGUCGCCGUCCCCCCUCAGCAGCCCGCAUGGGCCCUGGCUUCUCCACCCUGACCCCACCCACCGGGACGCCAGCCGGGCGGAGGAAGGUGGACUCUGCAGCGAGGACGAGGGCAGACACACCUCCAGCACCACGCCCACAUCCACGCUACGCACCCAGAAGCACGCCUCCAGGGUCAGCUCCGCCCUUAGAACCAGCCCGACCCUCACCUGUGCAACCAAGUCUGCUUCUCUGGAGGAUCCUGUGACACUGUCACUAAUGAGGCAGAACCUGCGGGAGAAGCAUGCAAGACACGUAGCGGACAUGCGGGCGUACUACGAGUCAGAGAUCACCUCUUUGAAAGAGAAGCUGAAUCUGGUCCACCUGCCACGGGACAUGGACAAGAGCAACCAGAUCCUCCAAGAGAGGUGUGAUCACUUGGACCGAGCACUGAGCGAGGCGAGCCGCCGCAUCAGGGAGCUAGAGGAACAGAACCAGCACCUGGAGAGACAACUGCGGGAGUGGCCAGACCGUUAUGAGGUGGCGAGUAGCGCUGUGCAGGCCGUUCAGCACCGGCUGGAGGAGAGUCGCCGCGCCAACCGGGAGAAGGACGGGCUGGUCGCCAAGCUCAGGACCCGACUCAGGCAGCUAGAGGGUGAUACACAGAACGCCUGCAAGGAGCGUGAAAUGGAGGAGGCCCACAGGAAACAGGAGCACAAGAUGCUGCUGGAUCUUCUGACUGAGUAUGAAUCCCUCAGAAAAGAGCAUGAUGGUGCCAAGGACAAAUUAUUUUCAACCGAGAACAAGCUGUUGGAAGCCAAUGAGCAGAUUUCUGAGCUGAAAAGGUUAAUUUGUAAGAUGGAGUCGCAGGUGAAGCAGCUGGAGCACGAGAGCCAAGCAAAGCUGCGUAUGGCCUCUCAUGCUCACUCCCAGUCCAUAAGUUUGUUCCAUCACCCCGACCUGCUGAUGUCACCGAGCAGAAGGUACCAUGACGCGGACAGGGGUAUGAGGAAAUCCCCAGUUUUUCAGGCUGACCAGGCUCCCACACAACCCCCUGACAGAACUGGAGUCCCAGACAAAAGGCGCGUGUCUCCACCUGUGCGUGAGCUCCAGCCUGACCCGGCGGCUCAGAUGCAGACCACAGGCAGGAGAGACGCUGCUCUGACCCCCGUCAUGAGGGCCCUGAUUGAGCUGGAGGGGACCAGAGCCACGGAGGGGAAAGCCCUGUCCAAGAGCAGCCGUGGGUCUUCCAGGUCAGAAAGGUGCAGGCCCACAGUGGGCUUUGUUGACAGCAGGCCACACCAGUCUGUGCAGCUAAGGGGAGCAGCUUCACCUAUGCCAGAGGCUGAGCCAAUUGGAGCAGCCGAUGUCACAGUAGUGCCUGAACAAAGAGGCGGAGCUGCACACAGAAGGGGAGGGCCUUUGUUAAGGGCCCAGAGAAGCAUGUCUCCAGAUGGUCAUCGCUCCUCCUCCCUGCCCCCCCCCAGAACCCAAAGACCACUACCUGUCUCCACACCUUCAAGGAACACUCUGAUUAGGCCGCUCUCUGCAAAGUCCAGCCCUAAACGCUCCCCAAGGGAAAACUUCUCCACAGGGUUCGGCAACCCUUCAUCCAGGUUUAAAUCUGAUGGAAGGAGUCUAGGUUCAUCCUCACAAAAACCCAGCCCACGAAAACGACUCCAUUAUACAGCGCCAGAGAGAACAGAAGGUGACCUGCAGUGCAGCUACAGCUCAGAUAACUCAGCUGGCUCUGAGGGGUGUGAGGACCGGAAGGCAGAGGGAGGUGACGUGGCUGACACGGAGAGCUGCGUGCUGGAGCUCCCCGACGAGGUACCGCUGUCGUACCAGUCACGGCUGCAGUCCCUGGCCGAUGCUGAGCGACUCCUGGACGAGCUGACGCAGGAGAAACAACAGAUUGAGGCGGCCCUGAGCAGGAUGCCUGGGGCUGGGGGCAGGGUCACCUUGCAGACCAGGUUAGAUGAGGUGACGUUAGAAAACCGUCUGGAGCGAGUAAACCGUGACUUGGGAUCCUUACGCAUGACUCUAAAGAGAUAUAACAUACUGCGGUCCUCUGCUCACACAUAGCAACCUCUCUCUGGUCUCAAGAAAGAAGAUUCAGUCUCUCACAGCCACAGGAAGCAGGUUCAUUUUUAGUCUCUCACUCCUUGUCCCUUGUACGAAAUGCAAUGUGUAUAUGUGAAGUACAUAUUUUCUACUUUUAUUACUGUAGAAUAUAUUUUGGAUAUUUUAUGACAUGGGAAAAAGAUUGGAGAAUUGUAAAGUAUAUUUUAGUAAAAUUCAGAUUUAUAACCAUUUACUUUUUUAUGUCCAUGAAAUAUGAACUUUUAUGCUUUACUCCUCUUUCAGGUCAUUUAGAUAGUUUUUGUAUCUGGUGAUCCAUUUGAAUGGCAAAGAAAUAUAAAUCCAGCCCAAGAUCUCCACUCACAUGAGCCCUCAGUACUGAAAGUAGCUCCUGAAUGUUAUUACUAAUAGAGGUCCAGCAAAGAGUAACUUUGUGACGGUUAGGUAUUUCAAACACACCAAGAAUGGGCAGAGGAACUUGGCUGCUUCCUUUAAACUCAUGAGGCAUGAAACCUGCAAUAAAAGUGCCCCCCCCCAUCCAUAUUAAAAUCCAUAUUACUCAGAUGUAUGUUUUAAAAGAAAAUGAACAAAAAACAGUGUAUGGAUGGGAUUUGGGUAUCCUAGUGAUUUAACAAUCCAAGCACAAAAAUGAAAGAUUUACUAUUUAGUAAGUGUACUAUUAUACACUAACUGGACCACCUUAGAGCCUACAGCUUCCCCACUGACCUGUAUUAGAAGAUGAUUUAUUGGAUGUUCGCCAUGAUGUUCACCAGACCGACAUAAGUUAAGCAGACCGUUGAAGGCAUUGGAGUUUUUUUAGUCUUCCAGCUACAUAUGAGUACUCUUCAGAAAGUUCUGAGGUAUCAUCUGAAUGGAGAUCCAUAGAUGUAAUCAUUCCAUGUGAAAAAAAUUUGAGCAGUUUCCCUGCUGUUAUUUAUGUUUACAUACAAUGCAUAGUUUUAUUUAUUUUGUUUUUAAACAUUGACAUCUUCUCCUCAGUUGCUUUGUAAGAAUGCUUUUAAAUUGAGAUUUUUCAAAAUCCUUGAUGUCACUGACUUGAAUGAAUGUCUCACAGUUGCAAUGUAUUAGAUAUGUAAUGUAUGUGAUUUGAAGUCACCACAACUUCUGUAGAGGCCUUUUUUUAUGUUUUACUCACUGUCAUUCCAAAUUUCACUCUGACCCCAUCCCAGGGAGUAGCACUGAGCCACCGUCCCAUCUAUAUCUCCUGACCUCUUGCAAACACCAAAACCAGCAAAGACUUGGUGCAUCUUAUUUUGCACAGUUUUCAUUUGAUCACACACACAAACACAUGGUGCGCACAGAUGUUGUAUGUAACUCCAUUCAUGCUGGGCAUGCCAAAAGAGAUGAGCCCACUGUUUACACACACCACACAGCCCCUGCCACGUAUGAUCAAGCAUGAAAACGAUGAUUGUGCAGUCUUUUACUGGGUUUUUUUCCUCCACUGUUAGCCUUUGCUUAAAAAAAAAGAAACAAAUACAUUCAAAAAAAAUUCUAUACUCUGUAAACCAGUUGGAAAUAUAUACUCUCACAUCGAGAUUUUAUCUCAAAUAAACUUUAAAGAUGAAUAUAAAA